UUGACAUCACAGCUGUUCGUUUCGUCUGGCUAUGGUCUAUCUCGCUAGAGUAUACCUAAAUUUUAAUUAUCAUAAAGUGAGUGAGGUUUAGUAUAAUUAGAGUACUUUAAGGUGUAAUCUUAUGUGGACAGGGUUUUCGAAUCAUCGGUAAAAAUUAUUGUAAUAACAUGCCUCUUUUUGGUAAGUCUCAAAAGAGCCCUGCGGAGCUCGUGAGAUCCCUAAAAGAUGCCGUUACGGCCUUAGAGAGAGGUGAUAAGAAAGCUGAAAAGGCUCAAGAAGAUGUUAGCAAAAACUUGGUUUUAAUAAAAAACAUGUUAUAUGGGACGUCUGAUGCAGAGCCACAGACGGACAUCAUAGUAGCCCAGCUAGCUCAGGAAUUGUACAACACCAAUCUUCUUCUCUUGCUGAUACAAAAUUUGAACCGAAUCGACUUCGAAGGGAAGAAAGAUGUAGCUCAAGUGUUCAAUAAUGUUUUAAGACGUCAAAUUGGGACCCGCUCACCGACAGUUGAGUACAUAUGUACUAAGCCAGAAAUAUUGUUCACCUUGAUGUCUGGGUAUGAACAUCAAGAAAUUGCAUCGAACUGUGGCACAAUGUUACGAGAAUGUGCCAGAUACGAGGCCUUAGCAAAGAUUAUGUUAUAUUCAGAUGACUUUUAUAAUUUCUUCCGUUAUGUAGAAGUUUCAACUUUUGAUAUCGCAUCGGAUGCCUUUUCUACUUUUAAGGAAUUGCUAACAAGACAUAAGAUGUUAUGUGCCGAAUUUUUAGAAGCAAACUACGAUAAGGUGUUUAGUCACUAUCAGCGGUUGUUAAAUUCUGAGAACUACGUGACACGACGGCAGAGCCUCAAGCUGCUCGGGGAGCUGCUGCUGGACCGACACAACUUCUCCAUAAUGACUCGCUACAUCACCAACCCAGACAAUCUCAAGCUUAUGAUGAACAUGCUUAAAGAAAAGUCACGUAAUAUACAAUUUGAGGCCUUUCAUGUUUUUAAGGUAUUUGUAGCAAACCCCAAUAAGCCGAAGCCAAUAUUGGAUAUACUGUUAAGGAAUCAAGACAAGCUAGUAGAUUUCCUAACAAAAUUCCACACGGAUCGUUCUGAAGACGAGCAAUUCAACGACGAGAAGGCUUACCUUAUAAAGCAAAUCAAAGAGCUUAAACCGUUAGAGCACUAACAUUUACUGCAUUUUAUUAUUGCCACUUCCUCCUCAGAAAGAAGUUAGUUAUAGAUGCUAAUAUAUUUAAACGCUUCUAAGUCAGGGGGGUGCGCGGCGCGAGGAUACCACCCCUCAAAUAACUUUGCUAUUCUGAUGGAUUCAACAUUCGAUCUGUGAUGACUCAGAGAAAGUAUAUUUGUGCUACGAGCAAAAUUAACAUUUUUUUAAAAAAAGGAAAAUAUUUGUAGGGAUUAGAGUUAUUUAAAUGGUUUCACUUAUGUCUUUUGUAAGUUGUUAAAACCAUUUAUUUUUUUUUAGUUUUUAUGACGUGUUUAGUGACAUCCCUGAAGUCAUGUUACAAAUAAUAAUUAUAUCACAAUUACUUUCAACCAUAAUAUUAUUUAGGUUUUUUUUUAUUUAAUAUAAAAUCCAGUAUAUUCAAUAUUAAAGUACUAUUUCUGAGGUACUUGUGGUGUGACUAGAUUUUUUGUAUGUUAUGUUAAAUGCUGAUGUAGGUAAUAAAAUGUUAAAAAUAGCUAUAUUUUAUAUAUUGCAAUAUUGUCAGUAUUGGUUAUUUACUGAGUAAAAAUAUUUUUUCACGCAUUAGUAAAAAGGUAAUUCAGUAAUCUGAUGUUUGUCAACAUUUUUUUUAUAAAAUUGUCCAAUUUUUUUUUGUUUAAAUUAAUUUAUCAGUCUCUAAAUUAUCGUAUCAAUUAUUUAAUGUUUAAAGUUUUAUAUUUUUUCUUUAAAGGAUUUUUUUUUAUUUGACACAGCCUCAUUUAUG